AUAUAUAUAUCACGAGAGAAACAUGCACUAAACCACAAGAAUCGUUAGUUCAUGUUGAGACAAUGGCUUCUUCCAUUCAUCGUGUCCUUUUUCUUGUUCUUCUUACAGCCCUUUCCCCAGUCUUGUUUGGCACCCACAACCUUGUUAAAGCUGAUGAUAAGUUAAUCAAGCUACAAUGUCAUCAUGCAGAAACACCAACACUAUGCAUCCAAUGCUUAAAAUCUGACCCCAGAGCCCCACAUGCUGACAAGGUAGGAAUUGCUGCCAUUGUCAUAAACUGUCUAAGCAGUCAUUCGAAGACCUUGGCAUCCGACAUGACAAAGCUAGCCUCUAAGGAAGAAGACAAGAAGCUGAAAUCUGCUUGUCAAAGUUGUAGCAAAGGUUAUGUGAAAGCAAACAAGAAUCUUUUGAAGGCUGUUUCUUUGUUAAAGAUUGGUGAUUAUGACAAGGCUAAUUCCGGUGUUAAGUCAGCACUUGAACACGAGCUCUUUUGCAGGGAAACCUUUGACGAAUCCAAAUGGAAACUUCCUAGUCUUGUUGUUUAUGAGAUGAGGGUUUAUGAAGCACUUUCCGAAGCUGCUCUCAGAAUUGUUGAUAGGUUCUAAGUUUUAAAAUGAAAUGAAUAAGGGGGUUUUUACUACAUACAUGAUGUAUUCACUCUCUCAUCAGCUAUAUGAUGUGCAGCUCUAUAAUUAUAUCAUGUUCAUUCCUGUAAUUGAGAUGAAAGGGGAAAUAAAAUUAAAUCAUUU